AUGCUUACCUACGGUCUUGAGCCGUGGAUAAUGACUGAAAAGCUUCGAAUCCGGGUACAAGCUGCUGAAAUGGGCUUUUUUAGACGAGUCUCUGGCCUUACGCGUUUCGACAUGAUCUGGAAUAGUGACAUCCAGGCGAGCCCUGGUGUACAGCCUUUGCUUCUCCAGACUGAGAAGUCACAGCUGCGAUGGUUUGUCCAUGUGUUGCGAAUGCCGCCAGAAAGGAAAGCUGAGCAACUCUUUUCUGCGAAAACGACCGGCAGAAGGCGCAGGGGGACGGCGAAGACUGUCCUGGUUCAAAUGGUUGUGCUUACUGGUGUUGGAAAAUAUGAGGAAGAGACCGACUGGUGGAUAGAAGCAGUCAGUGGUUUUUGCGUUCGAGAGAUAAAAGUGAUAAAAGUAAAGCUGAGUGUGAAGAUUACGCUGUCAGAUUUCAAGUCGAUCUUCAUGUCCAUGCAUACCUACGAUCAUGAGUUUUGGACCAUGACUGAAAUGCUUCGAACCCUUGUGCAAGCUGCUGAAAUGGGCCUUCUUAGACGAGUCGCUGGCCUUACGCUUCUCGACAUGGACCAGAAUGCAGAUAUCCGCGAGAGCCUUGGUGUAAAGCCGCUGCUUUUUCAGAUUGAGAAGUCACAGCUGCGAUGGUUUGUCCAUGUGUUGCGAAUGCCUUCAGAAAAGAAGGCAAAGCAACUGUUUCUUGCAAAUCCGAUCGAGAGAAUGUUCAGGGGACGGCCAAGAUUAAUCUGGUGCAAAUAUAUGGAAGGAGCCUGUUCCAGACUCCAGUUGUCUUCUGCCGAAGCUCAGACUCUGGCAGAGGAUCGGGAACGUGGAAGCACUGUUUGA